CCCCGCAGCACGGCUCCCAGCAGGGCAAACACGGCAAUCUUGUGGCCCAGGACAUGAUCUGGUAACAUACUGCUGCCUCUUAUCUGUGUACAUAAUGGGUCGGAGGGGGAAGGCGCAUGUGAAAAAGGAGCUGGAAACCACCAAGAUGUGGCCAGAAAACUGGGGGUUCUUCACUACACCCUACAAUAAGCUGAGAACUGAAAAUGUCAUGGAAGCAAAGGAGGCGGUGCAACAAAUAAAAGUUCCUAGCCACAUGAAGGUUCGGACAGUCACCCCAAUGGAACAGUACAUAAAGGUUGAGCCAUCUCCUGCCCUCCCUCAAACAAGCCAAGGCCUGAUAGGCUGGAGAUCAACUGUCCCAAACCUGCAACUGGAACGUUACGGCAGAACCCGGUACCUUAAGGGUGAUUUUUGCAAAAGCAUGAACUGGCCGGCCGAAGGGAUCGCCUGAAUGUAUCAGUUGUCUGUCUUUCCCCCCACCAAGGCCAAAUGGAAACACUGUAACAGUUGUGGAAUAAACUGAGGCCAUAAAAAGUCAAAAAGUAAAAUUUUUGUACAUUUUUUUUUUUUUUUGCUUGUUCUGCAGCAAGAUGAGAAAAAAACACUGGAGGAGAUAAGUAAAUGUUAAAAAUCUGCAUAGAGAGUGAGCAACGAGAGCAAACAUUGUAGCGGAAAACCUGAUUUACGGGCGCCUCGCCUCCAGCCUAGUAUCCCGCUAUUUACAUUAUGGCAUUAAAGGUUAGUGCAGCUUUAUGCUGAUUGAAGUGAGGCUCCAGGCGGAGAGUUUAACACUUCCAUCCUACAAGUCAACACAUUCAGAAAAUGGGUUUUCAAGGAAGUGGCAACAGCGGGGCAGGCACAAUUAUUUCAUGUUAACUUGUUGACGGCCUAAUGUUUUAAUGAGACUCCGAGAUGACCACGUUUGUCUUCAGUCUUCAGUCAAGAAUCAGAGCAGACAUUAGAGAUUGCCUUGAAUUAGAAAAAUAUGUCUGCUUUCUUCCAAAAACAGCGCCACAGCUGUCUACAGGUUGUAUGUGGUAUUGCACUUCAGCUACAUUCACUUCAUGGGUUGUGCCUGGAAUAGCUCAGCUCUAGUGGGCUGCUGUGGUGCUGUUUUUGGAAGAAAGUGGCAAAGUUUUUCUAAUCUUGGACAACCCCUUCAAGUUUGAUAUAGCAUGGAGGAGGCAGGGAGCUGUGAGAAAAGUAUGAAUAUGGGGCCCCUUAUGUGGAAGGUUCUUAAAGGCCCAGUCCACUUUUAUGCAAAGUGUUGUUUAAUGGAAAGUUUUAAAACUUUCUAAUAUACUUUGUCUUUCACUACUUCAGUGUACCCAUGAUUUCAGUGAAUUGAACUAGACCUGUUCAGACCAAAAAUUUCACAUAACUGAAGGCUUGUUACAAUUGUAUCUAGUCUAGACAACCUUCAGCAGCAAAAAUCUCUUGACAAUGUAUCAAUGUAGGUAAAAUGUAUCAGUGUGUAUCAAAUGUAUCAUGUAUUUUGCUGAAUGGACGCAAUUGUAACAAACCUUUAACAUAGUCAGACACCACCAGGCACCACCGGAUUCCCAUUCACUAUAAUGGGAUCUGGCAGGAAUCCGGCAGGUUUCUGGCAUAAAUGGCAGCUUUUGAUCAGAAAUAUACCUAUUAUAGUGUCUGGCUAUGUGGAAUAUAAAAUCCUCAGACUACCAGAGUUGCCAAUGUUUGGUAUUGCCACGUCCGUAAUGACCUGGACUACAUAAAUAUCAUGUAAAUUAUCCCCUAUGGUGAACGCCGUAAAAAAAAAAGACAGAAUUGUUCAAAAAUUGUUCCGCAAUCAAAAAGCGUCAUUUACUCCAAAAUGAUACCAAUGAAAAAUAAACGUCCCGUUAAAAUCAAGCCCUCACAC